AUGUUUUCACCUGUUUCACAGACGAAGGGAACGUCAUCAUUUGGUAAACGUCGCAACAAGACGCACGCCCUGUGUCGUCGGUGUGGCUCAAAGGCAUACCACCUCCAGAAGUCCUCCUGCGGAAAGUGUGGUUACCCCGAAAAGCGCAAGAGAAAGUGUGAGUGCUGUUGACUUGGUAGAUAGUUUUGUUGUUUUUGAUCAGUCAGUGCAGUCCAUUCAUGUUACCAAUAGGGACCAUCAUCAGUGACACUAGCUAGAUGGGUGAAUGCUGCAGGUAAUCCUACCAGGGAUCUUACCAGAGCACAACCUGUCAGAAGUUUCCAGUGAUGCAUAUGUCCAACAAGCUGAAAUAUUCCGGAUGUCCUUGCACGCAGAAGUUACUUUUUGCACUUCCAGACUUUUGUUUUGGUGGGGUUUGGUGAAGCUGACCUUGUUGUCACACUGAUGUAUGUGUCUGUAUAGCAGUUUUGCUCUUAAUCGAUUCUAGCAAACAUGCUCAUCCUUUCGCUCUUGCAGAUAAUUGGAGUGCCAAGGCCAAGAGACGCAACACCACCGGGUCUGGUCGUAUCAGACACCUGAGGGUUGUAUACCGCAGAUUC